AUGCACCUCGCCAUGGCCCUCGCCCUCGCCCUCGCCCUCCUCCUCGUCGGCGGCGUUGUCGUCCGCUCGCAGCCGUUCGACUACCCGACGGCAAAGCCCUCGACGACGUGGGCCAACACGGACGCGUCCCUCCCGCACCACGUCACGUACGCAGACGGCUCCGUGGCGCGCGCGGCGCUGCUGCGCCUCAACCCGGCGGGGUACGGGCCCUCCUACGCCUUCGGCUUCUUCUGCACCAACCACCAGGCGCCGCCCUGCACCGAGUUCCUCCUCGGCGUGGCCGUCGUCUACUGCAACAGCGGCGGGCUCAUGACCUCCGUCGUGGCGGGCAUCCCGCAGGUGGUCUGGUCCGCCAACCGCGGCCGCCCCGUCGGGGAGGGCGCGUCCGCGGAGCUCACGGCCGCGGGCGACCUCGUGCUCCGCUCCGCCCCCGGUGGCGCCGUCGUGUGGUCCGCGGGCACCGCGGGGCGGUCCGUGGCCGGGAUGGCCGUCGCCCGCGACGGCAAUCUGGUGCUGAUCGACGCGCGGAACGCCACGGUGUGGCAGUCGUUCGACCACCCCACCGACGCGCUGCUCGUCGGGCAGUCGCUGCGCCCCGGCGCGCGCCUCGUCGCCAACUCCUCCGCCGCUGACUGGUCCGCGAGCCGGCUCUACCUGACCGUCGCCGACGACAGCCUCAGCGCCUACGUCGACGCCAAGCCGCCGCAGCGAUACUACCACCUGGGAUUCAGCAAGGUCACCGGCGCCUACGCGACGUACGCCAACGGCAGCCUCGCGGUGUUCGAUCCGGCGGCGGCGCCUGCUGCUUCCACGCCGCUGGCAACCAUCCAGCUCCCCGCCGUCGGCGGCGGGACGGUGCAGUACAUGCGGCUGGAGCACGACGGGCACCUCCGGCUGUACGAGUGGAAUCCCGCGGGGUGGGCGCCGGUGUUCGACGUCCUGCGCCUCUUCCCGGACGACUGCGCGUUCCCGACGGUGUGCGGCGCGUACGGCGUGUGCACGGACAUGCAGUGCAGCUGCCCCGACGCGGCCAACUUCCGGGCGGUGGACUUCCGGAGGCCCAACCGCGGCUGCGUCCCGACGGCGCCGGCGCUGGCUGCAUGCGGCGGGCCGCCGGCAAGGCUGGUGUCGCUGCCCGGGCUGGCCUACUUCAACGACCCGGACACCAGCCUGAGGGCGCUGGAGAGGGUGAGCGACGCCGCGUGCAGGAAGGCGUGCCUGGAUGAGUGCAGGUGCGCGGCGGCGCAGUUCGUGUACGGGGGCGACGCCGGCGACGGCUUCUGCUACCUGCAGUCGGAGGUGCUGUCGAUGGAGACGUUGCGGCCGGAGGUGGUGCACUACAACUCCACCAUGCAUCUCAAGGCUAUGGCAACCCGUAUCCUGUCGCGUCAAAAUCUGAGAAAGUUGGCUUCAUUCACUCUCCAGAAUAUAUCCCAGAGGCAACUAAUUUCACCUUACCCUCCAGCUCUCAGAUCUACUAUUGCUUCUCCCAGCAAAUUCCUCACCCCCCUUUACCUGUCUGGGCAUUCAUUGGCUGUGAGAUGGGUAACCUAUGGAUCAGUGAAUCUAGUUCUGUCUGAUGAUGGAAAGCCCAAGUUUCAAAUUGAGGAGGUGGAGCCCUCCACAAAGAGAAGGUACUUGACAAAGAAGCGCUUGAAGGUUCAGAGGAAGAAGGAAAAGAAGAAGAGGAAGGAGGCAAAUAAAAAUGAUCCACGGCGCAUCAGGCCCAAGGGAAAGAAGAUAAAACAAAAAUUUCCCACACCUGAAGCUAGGCUCAAAUAUAAGAUCGAGAAGGCCAAACUAAAGGAAGCUAGGUUGGUCGAAAAACUAAAGAAGUAUGAGAUUGCCAAAGCUCAAGGCCCUAUGGCUAAACCAGAUGAUCUUAGUGGCGAGGAAAGAUUUUACUUGAAGAAGGUUUCACAGAAAAAAUCAAAUUAUGUCCCUGUUGGAAGGCGAGGAGUGUUUGGAGGCGUAAUUCUGAACAUGCAUUUGCAUUGGAAAAAACAUGAAACUGUGAAGGUCAUAUGUAAGCCCUGCAAACCAGGGCAGAUCCAGGAAUAUGCAAAUGAGAUAGCCCGACUGAGUGGUGGUAUCCCUGUCAACAUCAUUGGAGAUGACACCAUAGUCUUCUACCGAGGAAAGAACUAUGUUCAGCCAGAAGUUAUGUCACCUGUUGAUACACUGUCAAAGAAAAAGGCACUUGAAAAAUCAAAAUAUGAACAGUCGCUGGAGACAGUUCAGCGUUUCAUUGCAAUAUCUGAAAAGGAGCUUGAACUUUAUUAUCGGCAUGUUGCACUUUAUGGAAUUCCACAAUCCCACAAAGCUGAUCUUGUUUGUGGUGAUGAUAGAGAAGCUUCUUUGCUUAAAAUGGGGGGAUUGGAUCAAGGGAAGGACCAAGAGCCUCAUUUGGCUACCAAUCAGUUUUCUGAUCUUCACAUCAGUGAUGUUUCUGAAUCUGAUGAAGAAGAUAGUUCCGGUAGUGAAUAUGAUGUUAAUAACAAUGAGACUGAAAGCAUGACCAGCAUUUCUGAAGACGCCAGUGUUUCUGAUCAUGGCGGUUUAGCCAACUGGGGCGAAGUGUGA